CUCGGCUGGUACCUCCACACAUUGUUAAAGCCGCUGGGAACCGCUCGUGAAUCCCCGCUCUGUUCGUCUGAAGCCGGACGGGACCAGUGACCGCGGAGCAUCUUUUUUCUCCUGAACACAGGCUGUUGCCAUGACAACAGACGAGGCCGAGAGUCAGCAGAAGAAGCCGAGGCAGCAGGAGGAAGCGGGCCAGGACGCCGGGCCUCCUCCCUCCCCGGAGGAGCAGCCGUUCCGGCCUCGGAACCGCAACUCUGCCGGCCGCGGCCUCUCCCGCCUCUUCUCCUCCUUCCUGAAGAGGCGCUCGCAGUGCGACAGCGAGGCGGGAGACAAGGACAACAAGGGAGAAGAAGAAGCUAAAGCCCCCAUCGCCGACCCCGAACCUGAGCUCAGGACGGAGGGGGAGGCAGCGCUGGACCAGCACUCAGUCAGCAGCGCCGAGCUUCAGGCUGUGCAGGUAGAGAAGAAAGAAGCUGAAGAGGAGGAGGAGGAGGAGGAAGAGGGUGGAAAGGACCAAGACAACGCCACGGAGAAAGGAGACGAAGCUGCCCUGGAGAAGGAGGCCAAGGAGCAGGAGGAGGAGCAGGAGUGUGGCGGUGAGAGAGAGGAGGAGGAGGGCGAGAAGAUGGCCGAGGACGAGGCCAAAACUCCCAGAGCUCCACGCCAAGCCAAGAGCAUACAGAUCACUGUCGCGCUGCUGGACGACACACUAUACCAGUGUGAGCUGGAUAAACAUGCCAAAGGCCAGGAGCUGUUCCUGAAGGUGUGUGACCACCUCAACCUGCUGGAGAAAGACUACUACGGCCUGGUCGUCACGGAGACAGCCACCAUGAAGACUUGGAUGGACCUAACCAAGGAAAUCCGCCGGCAGGUACGAGGGGCCAACUAUAACUUCACCUUCAACGUGAAAUUCUACCCACCAGACCCGGCCCAGCUGUCUGAAGACAUAACCAGGUACUACCUGUGUCUCCAGCUGCGGAAGGACAUCCUGCAGGGCCGCCUGCCCUGCUCCUUCGUCACCCUGUCCCUGCUGGGCUCCUACGCCCUGCAGUCGGAGCUGGGCGAGUACGACCCCGAGGUGCACGGCAGCCACUACGCUAAGGAGAUGAAGAUGGCCCAGGGUCAGACCAAGGAGCUGGAGGACAAAAUGAUGGAGCUGCACCGUACCUACAGGUCAAUGAGUCCGGCCCAGGCAGACCUGAUGUUCCUGGAGAACGCCAAGAAACUGUCCAUGUACGGAGUGGACCUGCACCAGGCCAAGGAUCUGGAUGGCGUUGACAUCAUGCUGGGGGUUUGCUCCAGUGGUCUGAUGGUUUACAAAGACAAACUGAGGAUCAACCGUUUCCCCUGGCCCAAAGUCCUCAAGGUCUCAUACAAACGCAGCAGCUUCUUCAUCAAAAUCCGACCGUCCGAGGUGGAACAGUAUGAGAGUGCCAUUGGCUUCAAACUACCCAACUACAAGGCAGCCAAGAAGCUGUGGAAGGUGUGUGUGGAGCAUCACACCUUCUUCAGGCUGACCUCCACUGAGAUGGUCACCACUCCCAGGAAGUUCCUGGCGUUGGGCUCCAAGUUCCGCUACAGCGGCCGGACUCAGGCUCAGAGCAGACAGGCCAGCUCUCUGAUCGACAGACCGGCUCCUCUGUUCCAGCGCUCAUCCAGCAAGAGGAACUCCCGUAGCCUGGAUGGAGCCAUGGCCUCCACUCCCGACAAUAAAUCCACUCGUCCGGUCAGCGCCCCUGUUAUGUGUGCGGUGUCUCCGGGGGAGGGGAGUCCCUUGCCGCUGCUGCCCGCCCUGCCACGCUCUGACCACCAUGACGGCUCCACAGCCAAAGGCCAGCGCUCUGCAGACAGGAAGGCAGCGGGGAAGGCAGAGGGUCAGCCAGCCAAACACACCAAGAGCCAUAGCCCCAGACCAGAGGCCACUCCAGACAUCAAGAAAAGAGCUAAGAAACUUGAGGGUGAAACUAUUUAUAUCAGACAUAGCAAUUUAAUGUUGGAGGACCUGGAUAAGACCCAGACCGAGAUCAUGCGUCACCACACCAGUGUCAGUGAGCUGAAGAGGAGUUUCAUGGAGUCGGUGCCGGAGCCUCGGCCCAGUGAGUGGGACAAGCGCCUGUCCACCAACUCGCCUUUCCGCACGGUGAGCAUCAACGGCCAGCUACAGCCAGCGUCUCCUGUGCUAAAGACCCAGACAAUCACCAUCUCCGAUGUCACCAACUCCCUGAGAGGAACUGUGACCUACAAGGACAUCCCUUUAGUUCACACUGAGACCAAGACUAUCACAUACGAGUCAGCACAGGUGUCUCUCCCACAGCCAGUGGACAGCCCGGCAGAGAGGGACUCAGCAGUGCUGCUGAGUGCCCAGACCAUCACCUCGGAGACCGUCAGCACCACCACGACCACCCAGAUCACCAAGACGGUGAAGGGAGGGAUCUCUGAGACUCGCAUCGAGAAAAGAAUCGUCAUCACUGGAGACACUGAAAUUGAUCACGACAAGGCUUUGGCUCAGGCCAUUAAAGAGGCGAAGGAGCAGCACCCAGACAUGUCUGUUACCAAAGUGGUCGUGCACCAGGAGACCGAGAUCAGCCCAGAGUAAGACACACUGAUCCUUUGGAAGCCAUCACAGCCACUGCCCUGCCUUGGACAUGAACCAGCAGACCAUCAGAGGGAACAAGCUCCGAUGUUGAACUCUGAACCUUAACCCUCCACGAGUGCGGAGUUUGGCCUGAAGGAGAACCGUCCCGGUAUUCCCCACAAUCCCCUCUGGUUCCACUAAAGAUCAACCGCUGGACUGAUGAUGAAAAAACUUUUUUAAAGAGAAAAAAGAAAGAAAAUAAAGUACAGCAUUUGUGGGUUUAUUCCUCUCCAAUUUGUCUGGGGAGGAUAGGAAAAUUUCCAAGGGCAUUUGGUCUUUUAAUCUUGAGAUUACUGGUACUUUAUUUUUCUACAGCUUUUCUUACCAUCAGAAUUGGUUAUCAAUAACUUGAAGGUCAAGUGUUUUUUAACAGUGUGUUCCAAACAGCAUUGACAAAGGGAUUGUGGGUGAUUUUUCUUGGGAUUAUACUCAUUAGGACUCGAGGGUCCCUCUCAAAUUUUAGUGCAAGUUUGGUGUCAUUUCUUGUACAGUAAAUAUUUUAUUUUCCCUCUCAAUGUGAAAAACAUAUUUUUUCAAUUUAUGUAUAAAAAAAGAAUGAUUUUAUCAAACCAUAGGGGCAAUUACUCCUUUCACCGUAUCUAAAGUUCUGACUUAAUGAUUUGUUGGGUGAUCUUCCCAUCUUUUGAUUGUUUUAGUCGUUCUUGUUGUUCUUGUCGUGCUCGUGUCACCAGAACAGGAGACAGCAGUAUACUGAAAUGACUCUGACUUUAUUUAUUCCCACCUCUGUCUUCGGUUUGUGUCUUUAUGUUUUAGAUCUACUCAGCACAGUCGUAUGUAACUUCAGGAUUUUGUACUGAGAGCAUUCCAGAUACAGUUUUAGUCUGAGCAUGACGUCAGCGUCUACAGUAUUUCUGCAUUUCUGCACAUGUUUCACAUUUCUACUUUUCUACCAAAUGGGCAGUGUGUACUCAUCUACAGAGAGGGAAUUCAAAUGAAAGUAAACUCAAACAUGACAGUGGUGGAGAGAAGUGAAGCGAGGAGCACAGGAUAAUAGUUCCUCAUUAAACUGCAUAAGCUUUGAUAUGCAUCAUGAAGCCUUUACUUUCACCCUUGUAAUUUGACCUGAUUAAGGCAAUACUCCACAUCAACACAAUAACAAGGUUAUCUGGGUAAUGUAGUUAUUGGCGUAGUUUUGCCCAUCAUUUCUAUAAGUUAUUGUAGCAUUUUACACACCCAUAAAUGAAUGAGGUGUGGGAAUACGACAUCACUAUGACAUAAAGUCCGAAACAUGAGCAGUCAGACAGAUUGGAAAGAAGCCAACCGUUAAUUUAUAAUGAUGCUGCAGAAACUUGCUGUUUGCACAGCUUUUGAUUGGAUAGGACGUUUAGGAUGUUUCCUUGCAAACAAUUCACAAAUGAUGUAUUCGAUAAAAUAUACAUUCUAAUGGUGCAAUCUGAUUGAGUAAAUUACUAGUAGUUUCUAGUAGUUAUACACAAACUUAGAAAUGGGUUUAUGAAUAGUUUAUGCAACCCAAUCCUGGUGUAUAUGUUAAAGAAUGGUCAGCCGUUCUCUGGGUGAGGACGGUCUGCAUAUUGAGUUCAUGCAAAUACACUGCAACAUUACAUUGGUGAUAACAAAACAAUAAAUAAGUCUAGGUGGCCAGAUUUAACCUCCUCUUGAGUACACACUGCCCAUUUAAAUCAGACAUAUUUAGUAUGGCAUAUGUAGUUUAUAUUUUGUCAAUUUUUAAACCUGAUGCUUUUUUUAGAACACAAUAUUCUGUACAGCUCAACAUGUUGUAGUUAUUUCACUGUGCCCCAUGACACUCCCAUGACUUGUUGGAAACAUGCAAGCCAGCAUUUCAACGUUCUUUUUUUAAUUGUGAACCCUCACUUUACCAUCACAGGAAGACUUAAUAAAAGAGCAUCAUGCACAGAAUAAA